CGCGCCGCCGUUUCGGACAGACCACGCAAGUUUCAUAACAGUGCUGAACAGUUCGCGUCCUUGAUUCUAUUAGUGCAGUUCUGGUGCAGGACGAGGAUUCCUGAACGCGAGUCGUUCUCCAAAAAAGAGGGAUCGUCCCCGAGAAAAAAUCCUUCUGAAAAAUCAUAUCCACACUCCUCAACGGCCUAUAAUAUGCUCACGACUGUUGUAAGGACCGUUGUCCGCCGCUCGUUCUCCACAUCGAAAUGGGCAGCAGCACAGCAGAUGACUGUGCGAGACGCUUUGAACUCAGCCCUGGAUGAGGAGAUGGAGAAGGACGAGAGGGUGUUCAUCCUUGGUGAAGAAGUUGCUCUAUACGAUGGUGCAUACAAAGUUUCUCGGGGUCUUUGGAAGAAGUAUGGAGACAAGCGUGUUAUUGAUACGCCAAUUACAGAAGCUGGUUUUGCUGGCAUUGCUGUUGGAGCUGCUAUGGCCGGUCUGCGACCAGUCUGCGAAUUCAUGACAUUUAAUUUUUCGAUGCAAGCAAUCGAUCAUAUUAUCAACUCUGCUGCUAAGACGUUUUAUAUGUCUGCGGGGAGAGUCAAUGUACCAAUAGUGUUUCGUGGUCCCAAUGGUGCUGCCGCAGGCGUUGCGGCGCAACAUUCGCAAUGUUUUGGUGCUUGGUACAGUCAUUGCCCUGGUCUGAAGGUAGUAUCGCCUUACAAUAGCGAAGAUGCUAAAGGUCUACUAAAAGCAGCUAUUCGAGAUCCAGAUCCAGUGGUAGUUCUUGAGAAUGAAAUACUGUAUGGUGUACAGUAUCCCAUGUCCGAUGAAGCUUUAUCUAAGGAUUUUGUUUUACCCAUUGGUAAGGCUAAAGUGGAGCGGGUGGGCAACCAUGUGACAUUGGUGGCACAUUCCAAGGCUGUCGAGGAAUCCCUCGAAGCAGCUAACGAACUUGCCGGGAAAGGAAUCGAAGCCGAGGUGAUAAAUCUUCGUUCUCUCAGGCCGUUGGACAUAAAUACUAUCAUACAAUCUGUGGUGAAGACGAAACACUUGUUGACUGUCGAACAAGGUUGGCCGCAAUGUGGUAUCGGUGCAGAAAUUAGCGCAAGAAUUGCCGAAAGUGAAGCUUUCUAUCAUCUCGACGCACCUGUAAUUCGUAUCACAGGAGUUGACACACCUAUGCCAUAUACGAAAUCACUGGAGAUCGCAGCUUUGCCACAAAUUAAAGACAUAGUGGACGCUGUUAACAAAGUACUAGGAGUCACGCAGUAAUCGCAACGGUACACGAGUACUUAGGUGAUAUAUUUUUACGAUUUUCCCAAUGCAUCGUACUUUUCCCAUAAUUUGUUAUCUUUCUAUCUGGCAUAUUCUAUCUUUUGUCCAAUCAUUGAUCAAUAGAGUAAUUAUGAAAGAAGAAGGGGGAAAUAAAUUAAGAAAAGAAAUAAAUAAGUACAAAAAUGUCUCCAUUCUGUAAAGAUAAUACAUAAUACUCUAUCAUCACCAGAUAGAAUAUUUUAAAAACAUUUCCUUAUAAGUUUUAUUCAUGGAACUCCUACAAGAAAGUACGUUUUCGAAAAAAAGGGUACAUUUGUACAUUUAUUGCAAUGUAUAAAUAAAAUUCAAACAAAUGUACUUCUUUAAACUAAUGCGGAAGAUAUGUAUUAUAUAUAUUUUCUGCAUUUUCUG